UUUUACCAAAAAAGAUCAAAAGUUUUUUUCCUAGUUUUUACCCAAAAAAUCAUAAACCCAGCCAGGCUCAGCGCCGCUCUUUCUCUUUGCUUCUUUCAUUUCAAUUUCAAAUAUUUCCACACGAAUAAAUACCGCGGCAUGUGUAUACGAAAAUCGCGGUUACAACUUACAAAGAAAUGAAUCAUAAGAGGAGAGGAAAAAGAGAAGCCAUUAUUCUCUCUUCUUCCUCCGCCUCCUCCUCUGAAGAAGAAGAUUACGACGACGAUUCCGAUGAACAUUAUAGCGAUGGCGACGAAGCUUCCGAAUCAGAUGCCACUGAUAUUGCUGACGAUGAUGAAGAAGAAGAAGAAGAACGCGAUGAAGCUUCUGAAUUAGAUAAUAGUAAAGUUGAUGACGAAUCGCUCUCCGCAAAAGUUGUUACUCUCCUUCAAGGUGGAAAGGAUAUUGAUUCCUUGAAAUUAACCGAAUGCAAAGCCUAUUUGCGGAAACACGGAUUGAGGCUUGCAGGAAAUAGAGCGGUUUGUAUUGCCAGGAUUAAAGAGCAUUGGAGGUUAAAACAUGGAAGUGGGUACACAUUGUAUCCAAGAUGGUCCUUCAACAUUAAUUGUACGGGUGAUGUCUGCUUGGGAGAUGUUGUUCUGUUUAGACAAAAGGUUUAUGAAAAGUUUAACAAAGUGACUAGGCAUGGAAGAGUUAUAGGAAACAGAACUGUUGCUGGGAGGGUUGUCAAGGAAAGCUAUGGUGCAGCUAAACAACAACAUACCUUCACUGUUGAGGUUUUGUGGAGUAGUGGGGUUAAUAAAUUACCUCCACUUUCUCCUUUGCUUGUAAAGGGCCGUAAUCUCUAUAAACAGAAAACUUACAGACAGAUAUGGAAAAAUGAAGCUGAUAGGGUCAAAGUGCUAUCUGAGAAGCACAGACGUGGUGCGGCAGCGAGGUCUGUGAGAGCGUUGAGGCAGCAAAAGAAAAGCUAUAAUGCAAAUGGAUCUAAAGGUUCUAAGCGGCAGCAUGAAGCCCAUAAUACCAAACGAUCAAAUAAAGGAAGACUGUGUGAUCCCAACAAGGUUAGGGACCUUGAUGGCUCUAGAAGAGCAAACAAGUAUCAACGUAAAGAGGCCACACCAUCAACACAAGCAACAUGGAAUGAGAGUGCAUCUUCAAGGGGUAGAGUCCACGAGUCUGCUGAAUUUGACCGCUAUCAAGCCCCACCCUAUCCAUUACUGGCUAGUAGUCGACAAAUUCCAUAUCAAUAUCAAGUAAAUUCUCAAAACUGGAAUGGAUCAGCCCCACCCUAUCCAUUACAGGCUAGUAGUCAACAAAUUCCAUAUCUAUAUCAAGUAAAUUCUCAAAACUGGAAUGGAUCAAACGGAUUUGUUAAUCACGAAAGGGGCACAAGUUCCAAUAUGAGAGGAUUCCCACCUUUCAGGCCUGGUGUUAGUGAUGUACCCAGUGAUAGCUAUCAUCCCCACACAAAUCGAUACUACAACUUUGAGGUGAAGAAUUUGAAUACAGAACGAAUGGACAGACCAUUAUACUUGUCUCCAAGAGACAGGUAUGGAGGGAGAAAUUAUGUCAUGUGAUAUAUAAUAAUCUGUUUUUCACUUGGAACAAUUGGAACGUGAACAGUUUGGCUUCACUUUUCAACAGUGGCAUACAUUGGGCUUGCCAACUGUGCAUCUGACUUUGGACCCAGUCUACACAGUAUUUUUGGGUGUAUAUAUCCUUGGGGAAAAAAUGUACUUUUAGGGUCUGUUUGGUACACAUGAUAAGAGACAGGAUAUGAUAACUGUAUCAUAUCCUGCCGCAAUCCAGUGUUUGGUGAUACAACAGGAUAUGAUAAGUUAAUCCUGAAGCUUAUCCUAUCUUGUCUCUCUAGUUAUAAUUCUUAUCCUGAAUUUGAGCUGGGUUACCAGCAGGAUAGGAUAAGAAGAAAAAAAAAAUUACUGAUUUAUUUUAUAAAAUACAUUUUAAAAUACAUAAAAUAAAA